UUCUCUAACAUAUCGAGUGAAAGAGUAGAUGGGAGGAAGGAAGUAAAGAAGCAGCGCAAAAAGCACAGCUGAAGCAAACCACCAUCCAUCAUCACAUCCUUCACACCCAAAAAUGCAGAACAGCACAGCACCAGCACCCUCCCAGUCCCAGCUGCACUGGCCCUCACUCUCCACCUUCCUCAACCUCAGAGAUCCAAAGCCCAAACCCACCCUCCUCCUCUACUCCUUCCUCUUCCUCUCCCUCCUCUCCCUCACCCUCAUCCUCUCCCUCUCCUUCACCUCCCCUUCUCCCCACUCCGGCCCGGACCCCUUCCUCCACCCCAUCUUCCACACCCACAAACCCUCCACCCCCUCCCCUCCCUCCCUCGCCUACCUCAUCUCCGGCUCCCACGGCGACUCUCCCCGGAUCCUCCGCCUGCUCCGCGCCACCUACCACCCCCUCAACCUCUACCUCCUCCACCUCGACCCCUCCGCCCCCCACGCCGAUCGCGACCACCUCGCCCUCUCCGUCCAGUCCGACCCCGUCUUCAAGGCCGCCCAGAAUGUUCACGUUGUCGGGAGGCCCGACUUCGCCUACCACAAAGGCUCCUCCCCUGUCUCGCUCCGCCUCCACGCUGCCGCCAUUCUGCUCCGCCUCUCGCAGAACUGGGACUGGUUCGUCAGCCUCGCUGCCGAUGCUUACCCUCUUGUUACGCAAGAUGAUCUUCUCCACAUAUUGUCGUUUCUGCCUAAGGAUAUGAACUUUGUGAAUCAUUCAAGUUAUAUUGGAUGGAAAGAAGCGAAGAAAUUGAAACCUAUUAUUGUUGAUCCUGGCCUGUAUCUCUCUGAAGGGACUGAAAUGUUUUAUGCUACACAGAAGAGAGAACUCCCUAGUGCUUACCGUGUUUUUACAGGUUCAUCUUUUUCUAUCUUAAGCCGCAGUUUCAUGGAGUUCUGCAUCUUGGGAGAAGACAACUUCCCAAGGAUUCUGCUGAUGUAUUUUGCAAACACACCUUCAUCCUUGUCCAACUAUUUCCCUACAGUUCUCUGCAACGCUCGACAGUUUAAUAGGACAGUCAUAAAUCAAAACUUAUUAUAUGCUAUCCAUGACAGCCAUAGAAAUGAUCUUAGACCACUCAAUUCCACUGAUUUUGAUGACAUGAUUCACAGCGGAGCUGUCUUUGCUCAAAAGUUCCAGAACGAUGAUCCUGUGCUUGAUCUCAUUGACCAAAAACUUUUGGGUCGAAGUCCUAGAUCAAUUGUUCCCGGUGGAUGGUGCUUAGGUGAGCCUGGGAACAACACAUGUCUAACUUGGGGUGAUGCCAAGAUCUUGAGACCUGGUACAGGUUCCCAACGGCUUGAGAAGGCCAUUGUUGAAUUGCUGGCUAAUGGCACUUUCCGAUCGCGCCAGUGCAUAUAUGAAUGAACUGACUCUAGCCUAACAUCUCACAAUGUAACAGAAUAGAAAUCCAUCUUGAAAGAAUCUCAGAAGGAUCGGCAACAACUAUAGAAAUGGUUUUUGUGCCUUAUCUAUUGAAAAUCUUGUAGCAUAGUUGGGGUAUGGAUUUUUUUGGGUGGUGCUUUAUACAAGAUAGCUAUGUAUUGUAUGAGUAUGUAUUCUGUUAGCAUAAUUAAAUUUUUGCCGAUUCUGAUUCGCAUUUUUAUAAUUUAAUAUGGAUAUCAAUAUAGCAUGUAUGUUCAGAUUUGAUUGCUGGAUGUUGGCAGAGAUGUUUGCUUCGUUCUUGAAUACUAAAAGUUGGAUCAAAUGCACUAUAGGUGGGAAUUA